AUGUCGAAGAAGCGUUUUGCUUGUACCUUCUGCCACAAGGAUUUUUCCAGAAGCGACUACUUGAGUCGACAUUUGGCAAACCAUGCUGCUGUCCGCCCGUACUCCUGUGAGCAGUGCAAUGUAUCCUUUGCUCGCCGCGAUCUGCGCGAUAAGCAUUUGAAGUCCAAGAGUCAUCAGACAACAAUUGAGCUUCUUCGAUCACAGAACGCAACGAGAAAGCAACCCCCUCAGGUGGCCAAGGAGGACAAGCUGCAGGAAACGUCACCAGACAGCUACGACUGGCUCUUCGGCCAUUACAACAAUUACGACCUUCCUACACCUUCACUGGAUGAGCCGCUAAUAGACCCCGUAUACCCCGACUCUACUCAUGUGGCGGAGCCUUCUCAGAGCUUGUAUACAGGUGUCUACAAUGAGGAGACGAUCGCUAUAAUUCUAGACCUGCUGCAGAUGCCUCAGUUGAAGCUGUCUCUCAGCCCUGUGACAGUCUCGUAUUUCGCAGACCUGUUUUGGACUCAUUUCGACGCCAACUACCCUAUCAUCCACAAACCGCUGUUUAGCUGUCGCUCCCAUCCGUUUCUGCUCACCAUGGUCAUCGUGAUUGGUAUGGUUUACUCCAAGUCGUCAACCAAUAUAGAUAUAGCUGUGCAGAUCCAGCGCAAGCUGCUAAAAUUGCAGAUGGACACGCUCUGCGAUUCUCCGGAUCUAAGGCUAGAUGUGAUGCAGUCUUUUCUUCUGACAUGCUACUUCAGCUCAAACGUGGGCGAUGUGGGCCUCCAGAAACAGGCAAAACUGUUCCACGGCACUAUUAUCGGCGUCCUGGAUAUUCCCAACCUAACACGGUCGUUGCGCGAGCCGCCACUCUACGACGCACAGACAUUGCCUGCCGACAGGCUUGUGGAGCUCUGGAAAAACUGGAUUCAGUACGAGUCUCUCAAACGACUCGCCUUUUUCGCUUACAUAUGUGACUCGCAAUUGGCAUAUCUACAUGAGUGCCACGCUUUGAUAUCAAUCUUUGAUCUACAGUUGGAUCUUCCGUACACGGAUGCGGUUUGGGCUGCCGCUGAUGCCGAGACGUUUGCCGACGAGUAUCUGAAGCAGCCACGAGAGUUGAUUCCCAGACGGAAACAGUUCGGCUUGUUGCAGCUCGAGAACUGGAUCAAUAUUAUGCCCCACGUGAAGGAAGAAGGCAGCUGGCCGAACUUUCUUUUUUCGCUUCGGCGGCUGAUGCAGCCGUACCGCGAGCACCAGAAGGAGUACAACAUGAACUGUUUCUCGCAGUUUUCAAGACUCAUAUUUUUGCAGGGCCUGAUCAGCAUCACGUGGGAUUUGAGGUGGAAGGGCCUACAGGACCUUGGAAUUGUGUCGAAGCGGAAAAUGGACACGCUCACACUGAGACUGCAGGAUGCGUACAACCAAUGGCGAGAGUACUUUGACUUCCAGAUCACCACUACCAAUAAUAUUUUUAUGAACAAAAACGAUCUAAAGAGCACGACUCUGGCCUACCUGAACAGGUACGAUACGUCGCCUAUUUUUUGGAACAACCUCACGCAGUAUCAGUUUGGGCUCCUUCUGCUGCAUGUCGACACAAUUGCCGUGUACAAGCUUGCCUCCCAGUACGCGGACGCCGUGUCAGCCGAGAAUCCACACCCGCGAAUUAGUGCUUCGGCCAAGAUCCAGAGCUGGAUACGGAGCCAGAGCUCGCAGGCAUCUUUGAGUAACGCGUGCAAGCUUCUGAGAACGGUGUCUCUAAGCGCGAAGAUGAUAUUCUCGAUCCCGCAUCUCGCCAAGUAUGUGGCCACGUCGUGCCUUGUGCUCUGGUGCUACGAAACGUUCAGAGAAGACAUACCCCUGGGAAUAGAGAAAAACCAGUUUCCAAACCCGAUCAGGUACAUGCACCACGGGAUGAUCAGCCAGAGCAUCACCAAGGAGGACACGCUGCAGUACCUGAACUUGAUUAUUGAGCGGGAGGAGCUCAUGGGCGCCGAAUACGAGUUCACAAUCCGCCAACAGUGCAUACAGGGGCUACUGUGCUACUUCAGUCUUCUGCUGGACUUGAACGAGUGGAAAAGCUUAGAUAUUAACGGGUCUCUACUUAGACGGCUGGUUUUCAAGAAAUACCAGUCUUAG